AUGUCUGUAAAAGAUGAUUUCACGGAUUGUGAGACCAAUGUCCGACUCGAUGGGAAAGUGGCGCUGGUCACUGGAGCAACUGCUGGAACCGGACUAGAGAUAGCAAAGAACUUAGCCAGGAGAGGCGCUAAAGUCAUCAUCGCGAGCCGAAACCCAAGUAAACUGGCAGAUGCAAGAAAUACCAUUAUCCAGGAUUCCGGAAACCAGAAUGUCGUCACCAGACACAUGGACUUCGAAUCCCUCUCCUCAGUCAGAAACUUCGCUGAUACAACUUUAAAGACAGAACCACGACUGGACAUGCUCAUCAACAAUAUCGGAGCUAUUGGCUUAGAUGACAGACUGACAGAAGACGGUUUACAGCUGAUGAUGCAAGUUAACUACUUCGGAUCAUUUCUGCUGACAUUCCUGCUGUUUCCACUUUUGAGAAUAUCAGCACCAAGUCGAGUAGUCAACGUCUCCUCAUUGGCACUGAUCUUAGGAACUAUAGACUUGGAACAUUGGAACGAUGUGGGACAGUACUCUAAUUUUGGGUACUAUUGUAAUGCGAAGUUAGCUGAUGUACUGUUUACGGUGGAAAUGGAGAAGAGGAUCAGAGGUAGUGGAGUGAGUGUGUACAGCAUGGACCCUGGAUUAGGAAAGUCAGAGUUCUUUAGGAACUUUGACAAUGUAUUAAUAAAGAACGUGUUGAAUUCUGCGUUGUUGAAGUUUGGAAGACCACUACCAAGGGUUGCGACUAUGGCUGUGUUUCUGGCUGUAGACCCAAAGUUUGAAGAUCCGUUAAAGAAGUACGUGCCUAACUAUCACAUCUCCUCGGAUCCGCCUGACAACGGUGACGGGCCGUCGCUGAUGACCAGCACGUCUAUCACACAGCAAUCAGCCCCCAGGCUUAAAAGAAAUUCUUAA